UUUUCUGUCUUCUCUCUAGUAAGAGACUCAAUAAUAAUGUCGAACACUUCAAACUCCGAUCCCAAUUCCGAUAUCCCAUUUGCUUCCUCCAAUGUAACUCUUCCUAGUUACAAUCAAAACCCAAGAAGAAAACGUACUAAACUCACCAACAACGAAGUCGGUUCUUCUUCGUCUUCUCCAAGGCCUAAACCGGUCACGCAACCGGACCCUGAUGCUUCACAAAUCGCACGACCAUGUACUGAAUGUGGUAAACAAUUCGGGUCACUGAAGGCACUCUUUGGACACAUGAGAUGUCACCCUGAACGUCAGUGGCGUGGCAUCAACCCUCCUUCUAACUUCAAACGUAGGAUCAACUCAAACGCUGCGUCAUCAUCCUCGAGUUGGGAUCCAUCUGAGGAAGAGCAUAACAUAGCCUCCUGUUUACUAAUGAUGGCUAAUGGUGAUGUCCCAACCCGUUCAAGUGAAGUUGAGGAACGGUUUGAGUGUGAUGGUUGUAAGAAAGUGUUUGGGUCACAUCAAGCGUUAGGCGGACAUAGAGCAACACAUAAAGACGUCAAAGGAUGUUUCGCCAAUAAAAACAUAACCGAAGAUCCUCCUCCUCCACCUCCUCAAGAGAUCGUUGAUCAAGAUAAGGGCAAGAGUGUGAAGUUGGUCUCGGGGAUGAAUCAUCGAUGUAACAUCUGUUCUAGAGUGUUCUCCAGUGGUCAAGCGUUAGGAGGUCACAUGAGAUGUCAUUGGGAGAAAGAUCAGGAAGAGAACCAAGUCAGGGGCAUUGAUCUUAAUGUUCCUGCGGCGACAUCUUCAGACACAACGUUAGGUUGUUCCUUGGAUCUUAGGUUAGGACUUUGAUAUAUGAUAACUUAAGGUUUUAUAUAUUUAUUGGGUAUUUGGUUCUUUCUCUUAAUUAACAAAAAACUCUCUCUGUAUAUAUGUGUGAUACUUUGUAUGAUGAACGUAUAGGAUUGUGGUAUUGUAUUCUAUAUAUAAGUUAAUUAGUUUAUGAAAUGCAAAUAGAGUUAUUU